GCGGCGCUGGGAAAGUGGGGGACGCGCCCGGCGCUACUGCAACAGUUAGGGCUCCCUUCGUCCCGCCGCAGGUCUGGUCCUCCCGGUCCAGCUCAGCUUGAGCAGUACACCUCCCGCGCGCGUGCACGCGUACACACACAUAAGCUCACACAAACGCACGCACACGGCCCGUGGCAUCGCCUACUGCUCAGCACCCCCCCUUAGGGACCAACGCGGGGACCGCUGUGCCGGGUGCUGCCAGCACGAGGAGUCGCGCAGUGUCCCGGUGUGUGCCCCGCGGACACGCACGCCGUCUGCACACUGUGGCCCCGGCAGCCUCUUCCUUUCUCCCAGCUCCCGGCUUUUUGUUCAAAGCUACGCCCGCCACCCAGCUCUGCCGGUCCUUCGCUGGCGGCGCUGUAAGAAGGCUUGAUUGCUAUUGGGAUCCGUGAGGGUGCGAAAGAGUCCAGUGGAGGAGGAGAAACCAAAGACCGGGAAAAUUUUUGGUUUUGUUUCUUCAAAAAGCCAUCUCUACCUGGGCGUGCGCCACGCUGAUGUCCGCUUUAAUCUUCACCAGGACAAUGGAUUAAGUUACUCUUCUCUAAGUCAGAAGUCAGGUUCAGACUUGGCAAAAUGAAGGAAAAGGCGAUGAUCAAGACGGCUAAAAUGCAAGGGAACGUGAUGGAGCUGGUGGGCAGUAAUCCGCCACAGAGAAACUGGAAGGGAAUCGCGAUCGCACUGCUGGUCAUUCUGGUCAUCUGCUCCUUGAUCAUCACCUCGGUCAUCCUGCUGACACCAGCGGAAGAUAAUAGUCUAUCUCAAAAGAAGAAGGUCACCGUGGAAGAUCUUUUCAGUAAAGAUUUUAAAAUCCAUGAUCCAGAGGCAAAGUGGAUAAGUGAUAAAGAAUUCAUCUACAGAGAACGAAAUGGAUCUGUAAUACUGCGGGACGUCGAGACCAAUUUUUCCGAAGUGUUAAUAGAAGGCAAAAAAAUUGAAUCACUAAAAGCCAUCAGAUAUGAAAUAUCUCCAGAUAGAGAAUAUGCACUUUUUUCCUAUGAUGUGGAGCCGAUCUAUCAGCACUCCUACACUGGAUAUUAUGUCCUGAGCAAAAUUCCUCAUGGGGACCCUCAGAGUCUGGACCCCCCAGAAGUCAGCAAUGCCAAGCUUCAGUAUGCAGGAUGGGGCCCCAAAGGGCAGCAGCUGAUAUUCAUCUUUGAGAAUAACAUCUACUACUGUGCCCACGUGGGAAAGCAGGCCAUCCGCGUGGUCUCCACGGGGAAGGAGGGUGUCAUUUACAAUGGCCUCAGUGACUGGCUGUAUGAAGAGGAGAUCCUGAAGACUCACAUCGCACACUGGUGGUCUCCAGAUGGCACAAGGCUGGCCUACGCCACCAUCAAUGACUCCCGCGUGCCCGUGAUGGAGCUGCCAACCUACACGGGCUCAGCGUACCCAGCGGUGAAGCCCUAUCACUACCCCAAGGCGGGCAGUGAGAAUCCCAGCAUCUCCCUUCAUGUCAUCGGCCUAAAUGGACCCACUCACGACCUGGAGAUGAUGCCACCAGAUGACCCCCGGAUGAGGGAGUACUACAUCACCAUGGUGAAGUGGGCCACCAGCACCAAGGUCGCCGUGACCUGGCUGAACCGGGCACAGAACGUGUCCAUCCUGACCCUCUGUGAUGCUACCACGGGGGUCUGCACAAAGAAACACGAGGAUGAAAGUGAAGCCUGGCUCCACAGACAGAAUGAAGAGCCUGUAUUCUCCAAGGAUGGCCGGAAGUUUUUCUUCGUCAGAGCAAUCCCACAGGGCGGACGAGGAAAGUUCUAUCAUAUCACAGUGUCAUCAUCCCAGCCCAACAGCAGCAAUGACAACAUCCAGUCCAUCACCUCUGGGGACUGGGAUGUGACCAAGAUCCUGUCCUAUGAUGAGAAGCGCAGUAAGAUCUACUUCCUGAGCACAGAGGACCUGCCACAGAGACGCCAGUUGUACAGUGCCAACACAGUGGGCAACUUCAACAGGCAGUGCCUGUCGUGUGACCUGGUGGAGAACUGCACCUACUUCAGCGCCUCCUUCAGCCACAGCGCUGACUACUUCCUGCUGCAGUGCGAAGGUCCCGGGGUGCCCACAGUGACUGUGCACAACACCACAGAUAAGAAAAAGAUCUUCGACCUGGAAACAAAUGAACACAUGCAGAAGGCUGUCAGUGAUCGGCAGAUGCCUAAAAUAGAGUACAGGAGAAUCGAGAUUGAUGACUACAACCUGCCGGUGCAAAUACUAAAGCCAGCCACCUUCACGGACACAGCCCACUAUCCCUUGCUGCUGGUUGUGGACGGCACCCCAGGCAGCCAGAGCGUGGCUGAGAAGUUCCAGGUGACGUGGGAGACAGUGCUGGUGAGCAGCCAUGGAGCUGUGGUGGUCAAAUGCGAUGGCCGAGGCAGUGGCUUCCAGGGCACCAAACUCCUGCAGGAAGUGAGGAGGCGGCUGGGCGCACUGGAGGAGAAAGACCAGAUGGAGGCUGUUCGGACGAUGCUGAAAGAGCAGUACAUCGACAAGACGCGAGUGGCGGUGUUCGGACAGGACUAUGGCGGAUACCUGAGCACCUACAUCCUCCCGGCCAAGGGGGAAAACCAGGGGCAGGUGUUCUCCUGUGGCGCAGCCCUCUCUCCCAUCACGGAUUUCAGGCUCUACGCUUCUGCAUUUUCUGAACGGUACCUGGGCCUCCACGGACUUGACAACAGGGCAUAUGAGAUGACCAAGGUGGCCCACCGACUGUCAGCGCUGGAGGGACAGCAGUUCCUGCUUAUCCAUGCCACCGCAGACGAAAAAAUCCACUUCCAGCACACAGCAGAGCUGAUCACCCAGCUCAUCAAGGAAAAGGCUAACUACACCUUACAGAUAUACCCAGAUGAAAGCCACUACUUCCACAGCCCUGCACUCAAACAGCAUCUAUACCGGUCCAUCAUCAACUUCUUUGUGGAAUGCUUCAGGAUCCAGGACAAGCUCCCAACAGCCAUGGCAAAAGAGGACGAGGAGGAAGACUAACACCUGGCUGCUCUGAGCACAGAUGGCUCUCUCCACUAUAAUAUGCAAAGAGGAGUCUCCUGCUGCUCCCUCUGCCCUGGGGUGAGGGCGGGUGGGGCAGAGUCAAGGACCUUCCCUAGCAUGUGUGUCUCAGACUCGGAAGGUGGUUUGGCGGGGGGGAGAUGCUUCCCCAUGCAGCCUGGAACACACCCCCCCACCCCGUUCAGCAGCAUCACCUCCUCCUGGCCCCACAGUGACAGGCACGUCCCACAGUCCUCCCCCAGGGACACAGCAAAGGACAGAGGGCAGUGAGGGCCACCUGGGAGCCCCAGGAAGCCAGCCCUUAGUGCAAGCAUCCAACCAGUAGCAUUAGCCCCUGCCCUUCUGCAAGGAGCACCACGUUCCAGCACACAGCGGCCUUCGACAGCUCUGAAGAGCCCAGCCGUGGGCAGUGCAUGGUCAGGGCCCAGACUGGCCCUUGCUGUAAUUAUGACCUCCAAGCUUGUCUGGGCUGCACCAAGAAAACAGACCCAUCCUGUAUAAAGCAUCACUGUAGCUAUGCUAGUGGUUUGCUGUCUAGAAUUCGCUCACAUGUUUAUGUUUUAAUCUGAUGAGCACUGCGUAUACUGGUUUUGUUGUUUCUUUUUUUCUUGUUUUCUUUUUUGUUUUCUUUCUUCCUGUUACUGCUUUGUUUUGCUUUCUGCUUGCCAUUUGUUUGGGUAGCGAAAUAGAACCGAAGUCCCUGCUCCCUCCUCCCUAUUGUCCUCAGAUUUUGUGGUGGCAUUUUAGACAUGGAGGGAAAACAUACCCAGUACUGCCCAGUAACGGAACACGUACACAAAUCCUCUCUCCACUGAGCUGCACUAGGGUUCUCUGAAGAUCAACAUUGUCUGUUCAUCUAUGUCCUUGAAACUGUCCUUUUCCUCCUUGAUGAGUUGUCGAGUCUUGUCUGAUAACAUGUGGUUAAAAAGUAUAAACAGACAAAGUCCUGGUGCACCCUGAAGCUGGAGUCUCGGUCACAGAAAUUCUAAGCCAAGGUCACAAGUGCACCUCCUCGAUCCUGGGAGCGGUGCACUCCCCUGUGCCCCGGCAGGACAGUGACGCUGGUCUCCACCAGCCUUGUAAGAUACACGCUGGCCAGAUGUACAGCCACUGCCCCCCAUGUAUAUCUCAUUCUGUUGUAUAUAAGAGAGGAAUGUGUGUCCGGCGUUUGUGGUGUCCCCCUUGCAUGUGGACACCGUGGCUGAUCUGGACUCUAGAGCGCUAGGCUGAAGUAGGUCAGUUCCCAUCUUUUCCUUUUGGGCUUGGUGAUAACCUGACUUCCAGCUUCUGGGCCUGCCGGGGGUGUCCUUGGCACCCUGUCCAACGAGGAGAAGUAUCCAUGUCACUCUAUGGUGUUGGGGGUUUGGUUCCAGACGUGUGAGCUUUGAACGCCAGUUCCAGCCAGGUCUGUGGGAGGAGCUCCAUCCCAGGGUGGCUCGGAGGUGACAGACACACACAGGGCUGUGUGUGAAGAGGAGCAGGGCACUGGCCACCAGGACUGGCCACUGUGCUGUCUGGCUGUGCUUCUGCUGUUUGUUUCAGUGAGGUCCGGAUGGCGACACCAGCUCUGGCCCCGAGACCUGGCUGGAGGGAUGUGGGGAUUCGGCAUGGUAGCGUCUGUUCAUCCAUGGAAUAAAACAUUAUUUUACCA